GGAGAAUCGAAGGUUACACAAAAAAGCUGGAGAAACUCAGCGGGUGCAACAGCAUCUAUGGAGCGAAGGAAAUAGGCAGACGCCAUCUAGCCUUCUACAAGUUUCCACUUCUCAGCAAAGAUCAUAUUGCUCUAAUAUCUUUGCUUCACUGGUCAGAGACCAGAGGUUUCCAGGAAGGCGGGGGGUGGGGAUAGUGAUUCCCAGGCAUCCCCGCCUCCUCCACGCCCCGCGGUGGCGCUCUAUAAUCUUUGGUGGCGCUGACGUGCUGACGCGGCGGCGGUGGCGGCGCGGGGCAACAUGGCGGAGCGGCAGCGGGUGAUGCUGCGGGACGGGGUGCGGAUAUUCACCCUCUGCCUGUGCUGGUACACGGUCAGCUCCGGCGGGAAUGUCAUCAACAAGAUGAUCCUGAACAGUUUUCCGUAUCCGGUCACCGUGUCUCUGUUCCACAUCCUCUCAAUCUGCGCCUUCAUGCCGCCGCUGAUCCGCGCCUGGAACAUCCCGCCGGCGGCCGAGCUGCCGCCGCGCUACUUCCUCCGCCUGGUGCUGCCGCUCGCCUUCGGCAAAUACUUCGCCUCGGUGACGGCCCACAUCAGCAUCUGGAAAGUACCCGUGUCGUACGCGCACACAGUUAAGGCCACCAUGCCUAUUUGGGUGGUGUUACUGUCUCGUAUCAUCAUGAAGGAGAAGCAAACUAUGAAGGUCUACAUGUCACUGGUCCCUAUCAUAUCGGGAGUUUUCUUGGCAACAGUGACUGAACUCUCCUUUGACAUUUGGGGACUAAUUAGUGCACUUGCUGCCACCCUCUGCUUCUCUCUUCAGAACAUCUUCUCCAAGAAGGUGCUGAGGGAUACAAGGAUGCAUCACCUCCGACUACUCUAUAUCCUUGGAUGUUAUGCUGUCAUCUUUAUGGUUCCAACUUGGAUCCUUGUUGAUCUCUCUUCAUUUUUUAUUAACAGCUCGGUAACAGAUACCUCGCACUGGCACUGGACCCUUAUAUUGCUGAUCAUCAGUGGUUUCUGUAACUUUGCUCAGAACAUGGUUGCCUUCAGUAUCCUGAACCUCAUCAGCCCGCUGAGCUACUCUGUGGCCAAUGCUACCAAGAGGAUCAUGGUGAUCACUGUGUCCCUCCUAAUGCUGCAAAACCCAGUCACGAGUACCAACAUUAUGGGGAUGAUGACUGCUAUUGUCGGAGUGUUUGCCUAUAAUAAGGCUAAAUAUGAUGCCAAUCAAGAGGCCAAGAGGAAGUUGCUCCCAGUAUCUUCAGGGGAUCUUGUUUCCCUUAAUCGACAUCAAGAACUGUCUGCUGAGCAGAAGGUGCUGCUGAAUGGGACUGCACUGUAUCCUCAGCACACUGAAUACCAGUACGGACGGACUGGCCUGCUGGCAGAACAGUCACAGUACAAUCGGCAGACCAGCAUUGGAACCACCUUUGUGUCCAAUCGAUUUGAUGUCUAGACUUAUGAACAGAAACAUCCGUUAACUUAUUCUGUGCACUAACGGAAACUCUGUCAACUGAUAGAUUUUAUCAAGAGACCUCACCCGAGGUACUAUCAUUUUAAUUUUCUGGUAAUGGAGGGAACUCUGUAAUUUGGACUGGAUGACGAUCUGUUUUACAUUCUGUGUUAUGUCACUGUUUAUCUAGCAUUCACUCUGCUUAGCAUUUGUGGUGAUAGAGUGUGGGAUGGUAGACAAAUAUCAAGUGAUUACUUCAAAGUGAGCAGGGUUCUGCUUCGGUCAAGUCCCGCCACAACGCCCAUUUCUUAGAGGUUGAUUGAGUACAUGAAAGAUUUAUAAUCCUGCUCUUCCAACCCGAUACAUCCCUUUGUUGUCUCUGAGUUGUGUUUCAGUUACAAUGCACUUGACCAAAUCAUCACAAAUAUUAGUGUAGCAUCUUAUUCAAUGAUACAGUUUCUCACUUUUGGGGUGACUACUUAUUUGUCAAUCAUAUUCUCUUUAUAUGGGUAUAAAGAGAGUAUGAUUGACAAAUCGGUGGUAAUAUUCUGUUGAUAUAUAUAUAUUUAACUAUCAGUGAUUGGUGAAUUGGAAAGUAUUGAUCAAUUGGUUGCUGUAAAUGCCAUGCUGUAUGUAAAUAUGUGCGUGUUGGCAGAAGCGAGGUUUUGACAUCCUGAUGUUGAGGUUUACCUCUGUCCUGCAUGGCACUUAAUUAUCCAGGCUGUCGUCUUUAACUAUAGACUUCCUGGUAAUCUGAUUUGAUAGUCCUUACAGUAUGGAUGAUUUUGAUCCUUAUCGUAUCAGAACUAGAUCUUAAUAAUCCACUUUCACAUCCCAAAUUUCUGCUAGCAACUUAAAUAAACAAACACACAUGGUGAUCAAACUGCAGAUCACAUACUGAGCCAUAUUACUACAAUCAAAUCACAACAGGUUAACGAACCUCAGAUCCAGGAAAUCAUGGGCUCUAGCCUACUCCAGAAAAUUGAGAAGAGAAUCUGAGCUGCAUUUGGCUACAAUACAGAGCUCAAGAACAUAGAAGUCCUUUUUUUGCAAGACCUUGUAAUUUUGAUUGCUGAAUGUGAAGAGACCAAGGGAGUUGUCCGUUAUGUCAACUAAAGUUACCUGAAACAGACUUUUGUAUCAACUAUCUGAAGGUUGUUUGUGGGACCUUUGUGCAAGUUGAUUAUUGUGAUUCAUGCAUUUUAACAGUAAUACGUUUCAUAAGUGAUUGUGUGAAAAGUUUUUUGGGGGUUUUGAAAUGGUACAAGGCACUGGAUGAAUGUGGGUCUUUUCUAUAUUCAGGCAGUCCCGAAUAUUGUAAUAUUUAAAACUAGACUAGUGUUGAAAGUGUUUACUUGUGCGUGUCAAAUAGUGAGAUGUCAGUCUACAAUUGCAACUGGAAGCAGGUGUCCAUAAAAGGAUAAGUGUGCAAGCUCCAGGAUGGGAACAAAUUUCUUUAAAAUGAUGAAAACUGAGGGGAAAUUUAAGUUACUAGAAAACACAGCAACUUGAAGAAGAAAGAUGAGCACUAUUUUCAGUUUCUAUCUUCUUGUGAAUGGUGUACAUUCUGCUGUUUAUCUAUAGAUGCAGACCUACUCACUGUGUUUCCAGCAGUCCCUUGUUUUAAGCCUGUUCUGUGCCAUUCGUAUCCUCUCAAGAAUCUAGAUUUUACACAUGUGCAACCAAGGAACGAUUCUAAUAUUGAUAGUCACAUAUUCCAAAUAUUCUUUCAUUCUGUUUUGCUUUUUUGUAUAGCAGAAUUAUUGCUUAGCUGCAGUCAUAAAGGAAAUUGGCUGCAAAUCCUUUGAUAACAAAUAUGUCUCAGCUGACUAAGUUGUUGACCUUGGGUUGACUUGUCACUCAUUAGUGACCGAAAAAGAGACAUAAAUGCUUUAACAGGUGAUCAAUGGUCAUACCAGUGUUAUUACUAAAUAAAAGGGAAGUGUUUUCUAUACGUGCUCAUCAUACAGUCCUCUUGUGCGUGUUUCUUCUUCUAUAGUUUGUAUGUGCUUUAUAUUUGAGAGGCUUCUCUUUUCAUUCUGCCUUGCUUUAUGUCAUUAUUCAAUUCAAUUUAUUUGUUAUUCUUUUUCUUCCGUACUGUUACAACCUUUCGCUGUCAGUAAUUAUAUUUUUCCUGAAGAAGGGUCCCAACCUGAAAUGCCGUCUGUCCAUUUCCCUUCACAGAUGCCUGACCUGCUGAGUUCCUCCAGCAUUUUGUGUUUUGCAUUAAAAUUUUCUCUCU